AUGGAACUGGACAAAUCCCUGCUGUCUGCAGAACUGAAUGCAGAGAUGGAGGAAGCUCUCUAUGAACACAUGCUGCUGAAGGCAAAGCAGGAAAUACAGAAUAGGCUACCAAUCCCACAGGCAUCAAAACAAAUCCGGCCCCAGCCUGGUUUUUGCAUAAAAACUCAAACAUCAAAAAAACGAAAAGACCUUUAUUAACAUCUGUAAGUGCAGUCAAAUCCCAGCUCCCCCAGACCUCAGUGAGCAGGAACUUGUCACUAUCUUGGAAUCAGAUGAUCCCUCUGGGUUAUCGUGUCCCUAUGAGCAUUGGAGAACCCCAUGUUGAAGUAGACAAUAGUGGAAGUGGUUGCACAGCCUAUGACAUUGUGAUAAACAGUUCUUUCUUUGAAAAGAUUAAGAAUAAUGAACUUUUCAGGGAAUUCUUCAUCACAGUGGCAAUGGAAGGUUUAGAAAACAAAUAUGCAGUAGAGCUUUCAAGAGAAUGGCGUAUGCUGAGAAAUCGGAAGUUCAUGGGAUCCUUAUUCGAUCAAAAUAUAAGAACAUCAUCCAAACCUAUGAUUCAAGAGAUAGACUCAAAGUAG